UGGUUCUGUGGUUACAAAUGUAGAUAAAUUGUGACUUGUGAUUGUUAUUAGUGUUUAUCGUAGUUAUUUCUAUUUUAUUUAUUUAUCUUGUGAUAGUGGCAUUUGGUUAUUUGCUGAUGUUUGUUACAAAAAUCUAAUACAUAACCCUGUACUUUAUUACAUAUAUAAAUUUGGAUUUAAUUAUAAUUAAAAAAAUAACAAAUCCAUUUAAUUACAUACCCUCAAGGAUCUGUGCUAUUUUAUUUUUUACAUUGAGAAUACAAUAGCUGUAUAGUAUUAAUAACUAUUGUAAAUAUAGACUUUGCACCAUCUAAUCAUACAUCAUAGACUGUUAAGCAUAGUCGUGACUUGUAGUGUUCUAGAUCUGUUUUCUCUAAUAAAAUAGUAAAUUAUAUUACAUUUUAUAAAAUGAAUUUUCGUUAUUCUAAUAUAAAUUCCGUUGGUUGGUAUUUAAAAUAUGUAGGUUUACCGCUAACUUUAUGUAUUACUAUACAUACUUUAAUUUCUCGUUUAUCAAAUAAAAGGCGAAGAGCUGCUUUACAAAAGAAGGUCGUUGUAAUUACUGGUGCCAGUUCUGGUAUAGGGGAAGCAUUAGCACAUUCGUUUUAUGAGCAAGGAAGCACAGUGGUUUUAGCAGCACGACGGAAGACAGAACUUGAUAGGGUUAAAAAGGAGUUGAUGUCUAAAAAAGUGCCUUUUCAAGUCCAAGAACCAGUGGUGUUGGAGUUAGAUCUAUCCAACCUUGAUAAUAUGGGUCUAUUUGUUAAACAAGUAUAUGAAUCUUGUGGCCAUAUUGAUAUUUUGAUUAACAAUGGUGGCAUAUCUCAUCGUGCUUCUAUUUUAGAUACAGAUAUUAAAGUUUAUAAACAGAUAAUGGAUGUAAAUUAUUUUGGUUCUGUAGCAUUAACUCAAGCUGCUCUUCCAAAAAUGGUAGAGAGAAGAAUUGGUCAUAUUGUGUUUAUAAGUUCUGUGCAGGGACUUAUAGCUAUUCCACGGCGUUCCGCAUAUGCUGCAUCUAAACAUGCUAUUCAAGCAUUUGCAGAUUCUCUUCGUGCAGAAAUGCAUAAAUACUGCAUCGAUGUAUCAGUUAUUAGUCCAGGAUAUGUUAAGACCGCUGUAUCCCUGAAUGCUCUCACUGGCAGUGGUAGUGUACAUGGUGUUAUGGAUGAAAGUACAGCCGCCGGCUUCACACCAGAAUAUGCUGCAGAGAAGUUUUUAGAUAUGAUAGUGAACAAAGAAAAAGAAAGUGUGUUAAGUCAACUGACACCAAACAUAGCAAUAUAUUUAAGACAUCAUUUACCAUCAUUAUAUUUCUUUGUUAUGGCUAAAAGGGCAAGCAGUACAAAUGAAAUAUAAACUAUUCAGUCUACUUUUAAUACAUCUAGUCUCAGGAAUAUUCAUAAAAUUGUAGCUGCACUGUUCAUUUCUCUGCAUGUUUUAGGAUACUGGAUCAAUCUAAAAGGCAAACUGAAUUCUUUUGCAAUCAGUAACUGAGUCCUUAACAGUCUUAAUUAAACAUCGUAAUUUAUAAGUACAUUGAUUUGAUAUUAUCAGAAAUUCUUUGGUACAGGUAAACACAAAAAUAAUGUUUAGUUUGGUUAUAUACAAUUUAUUUAACUACAUUAAAUAAAUUAGGUAUGGUUUCGUAAUAGAAAAAACACAGGGUUUAGAUUUGGUUUAGUUGGUAAAAGUAGUUUUUUUAUGGUGAAUGGUCAUUUGAGGUAUAUAAAAAA